AUGGAACUGCAGGGUGCUGCAGUCAACCUGGGUGCCCCAUCUACAUCUCACCCUCAGAACUUUAGCCAGGGUGACUUCAAAAGAGUCAGACGUACAGUGGAUGGCCGCCCCUUUCCCAUCCCUGGCCUGGCAGCUGACGUCCUGCACAUGCAAGUGAAAGAAGGAAGCAAGAUUCGUAAUUUGCUCCGGUUUGUAACAGCUCGCAUGCAAGGAGAGGGGAAAGGCAGCAAUGGGACUUCACUGAGACAGGUGGUCUUCACUGGCUCAGGUAGAGGAGUCACCAAGACCAUCACCUGCGUGGAGAUUCUGAAACGAAAAAUGGGAGGGCUCCACCAAGUCUCUAAGCUGUACUACAUGACAGUGAAUGAGGUCUGGGAGAGUCCACAAAAAGGAGCAGAGUGCUCCAAGCAAAGGACACUACCUGCUAUCUGUAUUCUGCUCUCCAAAGACCCUCUGGAUCCCCAGGAGCCUGGGUACCAACCCCCUGAAACUCUGAGUGAAGAAGAAAAGAGACACAGAGCUCUGCUAAGGCCAGCUGAAAGUCCCUCCACAUACACAGCCAAGAGAAUCUGCAUGACUUGA